GGGCGGCCCCGCCCGCCCGUCCCCCGGUGCCCCGCCCCGCGCAGGCGCCCGGAGCGGCCAUGGCGGAGAAGGCGCAGAAAAGCGUGAAGAUCGCGCCGGGGGCCGUGGUGUGCGUGGAGAGCGAGAUCCGCGGGGACGUGACCAUCGGGCCCAGGACCGUGAUCCACCCCAAGGCCCGCAUCAUCGCCGAGGCGGGGCCCAUCGUCAUCGGGGAAGGGAACCUGAUCGAGGAGCAGGCGCUCAUCAUCAACGGCUAUCCAGAAAAUAUUACCCCAGAGACUGAAGAUGUGGAGCCCAAACCCAUGGUCAUCGGCACCAACAAUGUUUUUGAGGUUGGGUGCUAUUCCCAGGCGAUGAAGGUGGGAGACAACAACGUCAUCGAAUCCAAAGCAUUCGUUGGCAGGAACGUGAUCCUGACGAGCGGCUGCAUCAUCGGGGCCUGCUGUAACAUCAACACCUACGAGGUGAUCCCCGAAAACACCGUCAUCUACGGGGCCGACUGCCUCCGGCGUGUGCAGACCGAGCGGCCGCAGCCCCAGACGCUGCAGCUGGAUUUCCUGAUGAAGAUCCUGCCCAACUACCACCACCUGAAGAAGACCAUGAAGGCCACGUCCACCCCUGUCAAGAGCUGAGCAUCUGCCUGCUGCUCCCGGUGCCUGGCCGGGUGUUUGGUCCUGGGAAGCACUGCACACUCCGGGAAGUAUCCGGUCUCUGUGAUCCUCAUUCCAUCAAACGAUUUAUUGCUUAUUUGUGUGCUUUUAUUUAUCUUCCACCGAGAAUCUCAGACCAGGUUUGGGUCUGUUGUCUCUCCCGCAGUAACUAUUGUUCGCGCUUUGUUUUGGGAAUAAAAUGUCACCCGUUCUGCUGCC